UGACACCUGGAUUUCUUUCAUCCCGAUCAUAUUCAAAGAAAGUAAUGCCAAUGAAAAAAAGAAAACAGCUUAAUAUCCCAUCAAAACUGAUUUACUAUUGACAUCCCCUAUAAAACUUCCAUGCUCUUCAUCCUACCUUCAACCACAACAACCCUUUCACGUAUAUCAUGGACGGGAUUCCAGCUCUUCUUGCAGGUACUUUAAAUCCUGCUACAUCUAGGACUGCUGAGGAAGCUUUGAAAACAUGGGAAGUUCAAGAUGGAAACUUUGCUCUUCAGGUAUUAAGCAUUGUUGCCGAUGAAACAGCCGAUCCAAGCAUAAAGCUUGCUGCUUCGUUAUAUUUUAAAAACUAUAUUAAAAGAUACUGGGAUGCUGAAGAGGAUGCUACUGUUCGUAUUAACGACGGAGUAGCCGAACUCGUCAAGCGCGAAAUCAUCAACCUUAUGCUCAAGAGUCCUCCGAAUAUUCAAGUACAAUUAGGAGAAGUUGUCGGCUACAUUGCCAAUUUCGACUUUCCUGAUCGUUGGGACUCUCUUUUGCCUGAUUUGAUUUCUCGACUUUCCCCAGUAGACAUGAGUGUAAAUAUUUCGGUUCUCUCUACUGCUCAUGCGAUAUUUAAGCGUUGGCGCCCUCUAUUUCGAAGCGAUGCUUUGUUUUUAGAAAUUAAAUAUGUGUUGGAUCGUUUUUGUGAACCUUUCCUUGCUCUUUUCAAGCAAACAAAUGCUCUCUUGACAAAUGGACCCCAAGAUGUCGCUUCUCUUAACAUUUUAUUUCAGGUUAUUUUGCUUGAAUGUAAGCUCUUUUAUGAUUUGAAUUGCCAGGAUAUUCCUGAGUUUUUUGAAGAUCACAUUACCGAAUUCAUGACAACAUUUCUUAAUUACUUUACCUAUUCUAAUCCUGCUUUGGAGGAUGAGGAUAACAAUACUUUAAUUAAAGUAAAGGCCAGCAUUUGCGAGAUUGCUGAGCUUUAUACCCUGCGAUACGAAGAAGUGUUUACCAAUCUAACCGAUUUUGUAAAUAUGACUUGGACGCUUCUCACGAACUUAACCCAAGAGGAGAAAUACGACGUUUUGGUAGGAAAAGCCAUGGCGUUCUUAACUUCAGUUAUCCGAAUUCGUAGACAUGCAGAAUUCUUCCGACAAGAACCUGUUCUCCAACAAUUCAUCGAACUCGUCAUUCUUCCAAAUAUUUGCCUCCGUGAAUCUGAUGAAGAGCUCUUUGAGGAUGAUCCUCUUGAGUAUGUCCGUCGUGAUUUGGAAGGGUCAAAUAGUGAUUCUCGGUCUCGCUCUGCAAUUGUGCUGGUUCGAGGAUUAUUAGAUCACUUCGAUCAGUUGAUUACCACAGUUAUUACUACUCAUAUAAAUGCUAGUCUUCAGCAAUCCUCUUUAAAUCCAGCCUUAGAAUGGAACAAAAAGUAUGCUGCCUUACAGCUAUUUGCGGCCAUCGCAAUUAAAGGUCAAUCCUCCAGAUUGGGAGUUACUUCAACAAAUCUCAUGGUUGACGUUGUAAGCUUUUUUGAAAGCAAUAUCAAACCUGAUUUACUUCAACCUAUUGGUAGCGUUCAUCCUAUGGUGCUGGCUGAAGAUAUCAAGUUCAUAUUUACUUUUAGAAACCAAUUACAAUCUCAGCAACUUAUCGACAUCUUACCUAUUAUUUCCGAUUUCUUAAAGCUACCAAAUUUUGUUGUUUACACCUAUGCUUCGAUUGCCAUCGAUUUAUUGCUUACGGUCCGCCAUAACCACGUACACAUUUUUACUAGUCUUCUUAUAGAACCCAUUAUCCAACCGGUAUUGACGCAGUUAUUUUUCAUUAUCGAAAGUGGUACUACUCCACAAAAGCUUUCUGAAAAUGACUAUUUGAUGAAAGCUAUUAUGCGAAUUAUUAUCAUGUCUCAAGAGCGCAUUGUACCAUUUGCCGAGCUUGCUCUAACUCAUCUAACUAAGGUUACAAAUGAAGUAUGCAAAAACCCUUCUAAUCCAAAAUUUAAUCAUUACUUGUUCGAGUCAAUUGGUGCGUUUAUUCGAAGUUUAUCAAAGUCAGGACCACAAACCGUUGCUCAGUUAGAAGCUGCUUUGCUUCCUGCUUUUCAGAGUGUCUUAAUUAUGGAUGUCACUGAAUUUAUUCCUUACGUUUUACAACUCUUGUCUCAACUGAUCGAAGCAAGUGGAAAUGAACCAUUGCCUGACUUUGUGGUAAACAUGAUUCAACCUUGUUUAUCUCCAGCUCUCUGGGAUUCUAAAGGAAACAUUCCUGCUUUGGUGAGACUUCUGCAAGCAAUGAUCACUCGUGGCCCCCAAAUUUUUAUCUCAAAUAACUUUGUGGAACCGGUUUUGGGAAUAUAUAGGAAGCUAAUUUCUUCUAAAAUAAAUGACCAUUUUGGUUUCGACUUAUUAGAUCGUGUGUUUUCUGUUUUCGAUGCUAAUAUCCUUGCUCCCUAUAUAAAUCAUAUCUUUUUCUUGUUGCUGAGUCGUCUUAAAAACUCACGUACCGAACGCUUUUCAUUGCGUUGCACUGUGUUCUUCUUUUUCUUGGCCGCUUCUACUACAGGUUCCUGCGGACCAGACAAUUUGAUUCACGGCGUAGAUUCUGUGCAAACCGGAGUGUUUGGACAACUUAUGUCUUCGAUUAUUUUACCUCAGACCCAAAAGCUAUCUCUUCCUUUGGAUAGGAAGAUCACUGCAAUUGGUAUGGUGCGCUUGCUCACUAGUGAUCUCUUGUUGUCCGAUAACUCUCCGUACGAACGCUUAUUCAUUCCUAUUUUAUCAGCGUUAUUGAAGUUGUUCGAGCUUCCAAUUGAACAAACUCAAACCGAGGCUGACGAAGAUCUUAUGGUAGACGAAAUUGACGCUGAUUCUGUAAUGUUCCAGGCUUCAUUUUCAAGAUUGGCUACCAGUGGUGGUAAACGCCUGGACCCAUUCCCUCAAAUCACUGAUCUUAAGCAGUUUGCUGCUACAGAGAUGAAUGGCGCUAACAAACGUUACGCAAAUCGAAUGUCCCAAAUCAUAAGCAUGCAUUUGCCUGGUGAUGGACAAAGCGUUCUACAGUCGUAUGGCUAUGUUAUUUAAAACUCUUUACAUGAAAUAGAAAAUCUUUGAUGGGUAUUUGUUCAAGGAAAAGUAUUUAAGGUAAUAAAAUUUUGUGCUUUAUUUUUUAUUUAUCCAUCUCGAUUUAAUCAAGUGUG